GUGAACUCUGAAUGCAGUCCGGAAAAAGCUGAAGAGGUUGUCUGACGUCGUUUUCUAUGUUGUCAAAAAUAUACAUAGGGCCUAUGCCUUGUGAGAUUGUUUAGAAAUGUGCCAACUGAGCUAUGGAUAUGUAAUACAGUGAAAACGGAUCCAGUUUAAAACAAUAAUUUACAUGAUAAUUUCUGGUUUGAAAUACAUUCGUGGAAGUAAAUCAAUAUCUUAAUGGUUGCUGUGUAUGUGUCAGGCCAAACAUUUCGCACAAUAGUGAUUGAUUAAAUGGCGUCCAGUAGUCAGGAUAACAGAAAACAAGAUACUGGAGGAAAAUAUCUGCCAGAUGGUUGGGAGGAGAGAUAUGAUACAAUACGCGGGCGUGUAUUUUAUGUUCAUCGUGAACAAAGGAUUGCUCAGGAUAAAGACCCAAGUAUAUCUGCGUUAGAAUCUAGUCAGUGCGACGAAGACUCGAUCAAUCUCACCGAUAACAAGCACUCUUUAGACGACUACCCAUGGUUCUUCGGUAAACUUCCCAGGGAAGAUGCAAACGAGCUUCUAAGGCACCAGCCUGAUGGAACUUUCCUAAUGAGGGAAAGUGAAACUCGCCCAGGAAACUUUGUCAUUUCCGUAAGAUAUGGACAACACAAAGACGGCGUAAUACACUCACUUAUAAGUAGCAAGCAUGGAACAUUUUUUCUUCAGCUUGGUAGCAACAAGGAUACUACAUUUGAGACCCUGUCCGACUUGCUAGAGUAUUGCACAAGGUACCAAGUGUUCAUUUAUGGAAUGUUAACUGCUCCACUGAACAAAUUUGAAUUGGAAAAGGCUAAAGAUGGAGAGUACAGGAUUCCAGAGGAGCUUAUAAAUGAUCCAUAUGCACAGGAGCUUUAUGAAAAAGCAAUAAAAGAAGGAACCGAAAAAGACAACACUAUAAGAGUUAUGGUUAUAGGCUGCUGUGGGCAAGGCAAGACGUCAUUGGUAAGAAGGUUAUUAAAACAGUCUAUAGAAGGAGUUGAAACAACGAAUGGAAUAAAUAUACAUAGAUGCGCUAUCAUCAAUGAUACGGAAUGGGUAAACCAGGAAAGUGAAGAUCCAGAAAAAGAUACAAUUCAGCGUUUGGCUAAUAUUGCUAAAUAUGAUCCGGACCUCUCGCAUCAUGGAAGCUUUGGAAAUGAAGAAGAAGUUUCUAUAAAAUUCUGCGACCACAAAGAUACAGAGACUGACAAUUACACCAUUGAUUAUGAUAUAGCAUCCUUAUAUAAAAUGAGACCUUCAGCAACUGAUAAAUCAGAUGAUGAUUUCAGCAAAAAUGGAAGAAGCAGUAACAAGCAUGCAAUGUCAACUGUAAACAAUACUUCUGUAAGCAGACCAAAGAUUGAUGUUCAAAACUUGAAAAACUUUCAAACUGAAUUAAAGAGACUGGAAUCCGGCAAAGAUGAAAGAAAAGACGGAAGAGCGACAUUAAAUAUUUGGGACUUUGGAGGACAGUUUGUUUACUACGCAACCCAUCAGAUAUUUCAUUCGAGCCAAGCUGUUUACAUUUUGGUUUUUAAUUUAGAUGUAGGACUGGACACCAUUAUUGAAGAUAGCGAAUUUCCAUUGCAUAAAAAGACUAUGAGAGAUUACUUGAAAUUCUGGGUUAGUUCUGUUAACUCUUUUGUCGGAAGUCUAGAUGGAUAUGAACCUCCAGUUAUUUUGGUUGGAACGCAUACGGACCAACUUCAGGAGGGCGUCGAAAUCUUUGACGUUUUUGAGGAAGUGAGGAAAAUGUUUGAAGGCAGAUCAUGUCUCAAUCAUAUCCAACCAGAUCAUUUUGCGAUAUCAAACAAAGAUUCUUCAGAAGAAGACAUAGAUCAACUGCGCGAAGCGAUAACUCAAAUUGGACAAAAACAGUUUCAAAAAAGAGUUCCAGCAAAAUGGAUACUUCUCGAGAAAAGUUUGAAAAUGACAAAAAGAAAGAAAAUUGUAAGUUUUGAUGAUGUGAUUGAGAUAGACAGUUCUACCGACAGUCCUCUCCAAAGUAAUGAUCGUAAAGAAUCUGUUGACCAAAUUAAGUUGUUCUUUUCAUACCACCAUGCAAGAGGAACAUUCUGUUAUUUUGAUGAUAACAGAUUGUCAGGACAUGUGGUCUUAGAUCCACAGUUCCUCAUUGACGCUUUCAGGUGCAUCAUUACAUCUGAAAAUUUUUGUAGAGUUCGUCCAAGAUUGCGAGGUCUCUGGAAUGAACUCUGUGACAAGGCGGUUCUACGAAAAGAACUUCUGGAAGAGGUUUGGACAAGGAAUGAUGAUAACGAUUUCGUUCAAUUUAAGGAAUUACUGACAGAAUACAUGCAAAAACAUCGCAUUAUAUCGGAAGUCGUAGCUUGUGACCCGAACUUUAAAUCUGCAACUGAACGACUAGGAUACUACAUUGUACCAAGCUUUCUCAAAGUCUCAGAUGACGGUGCUACAAUUGAAUCCUUCUGUAGCGGAAAAAAGGUAUCUGAAGUAUCUUUGGGUUACGUUAUAGAGAAUGAAGCCAUGGUACCGGUACUUUUCCAAACAACUGUAGCAGCUUUGAUUGGGCGAUGGCCACUUAUACGUUUCAAUGGAAACGAUAUUUUGUACGAUAAUGUAGUCGCUUGUGAACUAGUAAAAGAUCACGCUGGAGUUUUACUUUUGACAGAAAAUUCCAUCGAACUGCUUGUAGUCAACCUCUGUCCCCCUGACAGCGCAAAAGCUGAAACAUGUGAUAUGUUUCGAAGGUAUGUGGAAGUAGUUAUAGAUACUGACAUGUGCAAACUCCGUGGCACAAUUGGGGACAGACGAUUUGUUAAGCAUAUGACAGUACGUUGUUUUCAUGAAGACCACGGCUCAAAAGGAAGCAAAGGCAUAUAUGUCGUCGAAGAAAUGCAGUCAUACUUGAAAGAGAAACUUCCAUGUCCAGACAAGAAAAAUCACUGUUUAAGAUUUGAAAACAUUUUACAGGAGUGGUUCUUGCAUGACGUGGUGGAAUCUGAAAAGGUUCCACACAGAAAAAUGACAAAUAAGGAAUAUAGUACGCUUUCAAUGGCGAUCGGGCGUGGUUGGCAGCAACUUGGACACCAGCUAGGUCUUGAUACUGUAGAAAUAGAUCAUAUUGAAAUGAAUAAACAGACAGUGGAUAUGAGGAUAUAUGCAAUGUUGCAGUUAUGGGAUAAGAAGGAAGCUGAUGCAGCACAAUUAGAUGUAUUAGUCCGUGCAAUUCACAAAUGUUCAAGGCAGCAUAUCAAUGUUAACUGGGAUGUAUUGAAUAAUAUCAUUAAUGGAUUCUGAUCAUGAAAUAAAUACACAAACGACACACGUUUGGACGCCAGGCACAAGCGCGUGUCUUACUUUGAAUUAACUUUGCACUAAUCAUUCAAUUUUUUUGUGAAUCAUGACACAUUAGUGCUAUUUCCGUUCAGUUCGAUAUUUUUUGAGAAGAUGAGAAGAUGGCAUUGAAACUGUUAAGAUUGUUGUACUGACUCAGUUAGUGAAUGAGAUUAAAGACGCAUGAACGGA